CCAGGCCUGCAGGGGGCAGCAGAGCGCGCUGCUGCUACAUUAUGAUAAGCAGAAGCAGCUAAAACGUGAGCAGCAGUGAAAAACAUGGCGUUGCCCGUUAGCGCAGCUCGUCUCUGUCGCCUUGCAGGACGGACUGUAACCUCCCGGUCAGGCAGACAUAUGCGGGCUGUCAGCCUGCCAGCGAGGAGAUGCUACAUAUCGACCUCGACGGGGAACAAUCUUCAGUUCAGGCUUGAUGAGCGAACGGCUCACAGCAGUCUGGACCUCUUCAAGAAAGACACCGGCGUCAUCUACCGCAUGCUGGGUCUGGACCCCAGCCAUGUGCAAGACAACCCUGAGCGUUUCCGAGACUGGGCCGUCGUGUUUGGCGAUGAGAAGAUCAGCAGUGGACGGCACUACUGGGAGGUGACAGUCAAAAAGUCUCAAGAGUUUCGUCUGGGUGUGGCCGAGGCACUGAUGUCCCGAGAGGACUGCGUGGGCACCAACAGCUCCUCUUGGGUGUUCGGCUAUGCUCAGCGCAAGUGGUUUACCAUGACCAGCAAUAAGAUAGUUCCCGUGACGCUGGUGGGCAAGCCGGACCGCGUAGGCAUCCUGCUUGACUAUGAAGCAGGCCUUCUGGGGCUGGUGGACAUCGAAAAACCCACGGUCAUUCACACCAUCAGGGUCCAGUUCAAGGCUCCCCUCUGCCCUGCGUUUGGACUUUGGGACGGGGAGCUGCUCACACACUCGGGCCUGGAGGAGCCUGAAGGCCUGAAGUGAAGCAGGAUGAACUGUGAUGGUGAUGAUUGUGAUGGCCAUAAAAGGCUGUGGGCUCGCGUUCGAUACCGUGGCAACUUAUAUCACAACAGUGCAGGAAAGAAAGCAAUAUCUAUGUGGGAAUCAUUUACAGCUUAAUUUCAAGUAAUGGUUCAUUUUUCUGUGGUCCAGUUGGUUCAUAAACAUGACUCUUAACAAUGCAAGUACAUACUUUGUGUAUGUCAUCCAGCCUCAGGCAAUCAUAUCACAGAAGCUGUUUUUGUGUGUACCUCAUGUAUUACUUCUCAGACUAACUAAUGUGAAAAGGAUGUGUGGUUUGUUUUCGAGAGCAACAUUAACCGCCAAGUUGUUCGUUUACACUGUUCUGGCAUUACCCACAGUUACAAAGCUGAAAUCAAUACAAAACCUUUUUUCAGUUUCAUGUUCAUAUGCACUGUAUAUUGUUUUAAUAAAGUAACUUCACUAAAA